GAAGCAAGAACAGAAUCUAUUGCCAGACCUUUGGAGAUAAAUGAGGCUGAGAAGAUGUUGAAAAUUGCCAUUGACUGUGUUCUGGAACAAGUUCAAAAGACUAAAGACAUGUUGAAUAAUGUGGCUUUGGAUGAAGCCAAUUUGGAAGCCAAGAUUGAAAAACGAAAAUUAGAACUGGAAAGAAGCCAGAAGAGGCUACAGACUCUGCAAAGUGUUCGUCCUGCUUUUAUGGAUGAGUAUGAGAAGAUUGAGGAGCAACUGCAGAAACAAUACAGUAGUUAUCUAGAAAAAUUCCGUAAUCUGACCUAUUUGGAGCAGCUCCUGGAUGAUCAUCGACGGACAGAGCAAGAGAUGUUUGAGGAAGCAACAAACAUGCUAGAGCUUAUGCAGAACAGGCUGAAGGAAGAGGAGCAGCACCUAUUUAAGCAUGGAA